AUGAAGCUGAAACGACUCCAGCCUUGUUGUCGGCUGCUUAGCAAGAGUCGUUGUGAGCUCAACUUGGGGGAUCCGAGGGCCAACGUUUUGUCGGAUGGCCUCUGGGCAUUGGCGAUGACCCGCACGCUGCCCAAUCCUGUGAUGAAGGGCUUGGCUGGCAAGCUCCUGGGUCGGCUCAGCGAGCGCCCGGUCAGCGAGUUCACCGCGCACAACAC